AAAAGCAGUAAAAAUGUUUAAUCUACGUUUAGCAUUUGUUUUUAUUACAUUAAUUUCAUUUUCUUACUCACAGUACACCUCGCGAGGCCAGUGUGAAGAUCGAGACAGAAUUAACCUAAGCGUGGCACAAUGGUUCAAUUUGCGGCGGUUUGCAGGAAAUGGGGCUCCAUGGUACCCUAUUGCUUCAUACAGCAGCAACCUCGAUUGCUUGAGCUUAUAUUUUACCGAAACAAGUACUAACACCAUGAAUGUGGUUUACACACAAAAAAAUUUAACCACCGGCGUAGUGUCCAGAAGAGAAGGUAAAGCAACAUGGGUUCGACCUGAUUAUAGAGAAGCGAUUAUAAGUGUGAAUCACCCAUAUGAUGGCAAGCCAUUGGUAUACCGAAUGGUUCUGAUAGUUUAUGAUGAAUUCACCGCUCAUUACAGUUGCGUCAAUCUAGAUAAACAAAACAGACAGGAAUUUCUGCAUCUGAUGAGUCGGAAUAGAACUUUGACGUCAGAUCAACAAAGACGUGUUAGAGCAUCUCUUGAAAGGCAACAUCUACCUCAUGGACCAAUGGUGAAUGUUGUACAGGAUCCAACAAUCUGCUCGAUUUAAAAUAACAAUUACAUACAUGAAAUUUGUGAAAAAUUGAUUAAAAUUAAAUUUGUCGGCAGUUUGA